AUGAGAACCUUUGAAAAGACAAACCUGCCAAGAUAUCCAAGAAGACCUAGAACACAUAAAGGCUGCAGAAGAACAAACCUGCCAAGAUAUCCAAGAAGACCUAGAACACAUAAGGCUGCAGAAGAGCAUAAUGAGAACCUUUUGAAAAGACAAACCUGCCAAGAUAUCCAAGAAGACCUAGAACACAUAAAGGCUGCAGAAGAGCAUAAUGAGAACCUUUUGAAAAGACAAACCUGCCAAGAUAUCCAAGAAGACCUAGAACACAUAAAGGCUGCAGAAGAGCAUAAUGAGAACCUUUUGAAAAGACAAACCUGCCAAGAUAUCCAAGAAGACCUAGAACACAUAAAGGCUGCAGAAGAGCAUAAUGAGAACCUUUUGAAAAGACAAACCUGCCAAGAUAUCCAAGAAGACCUAGAACACAUAAAGGCUGCAGAAGAGCAUAAUGAGAACCUUUUGAAAAGACAAACCUGCCAAGAUAUCCAAGAAGACCUAGAACACAUAAAGGCUGCAGAAGAGCAUAAUGAGAACCUUUUGAAAAGACAAACCUGCCAAGAUAUCCAAGAAGACCUAGAACACAUAAAGGCUGCAGAAGAGCAUAAUGAGAACCUUUUGAAAAGACAAACCUGCCAAGAUAUCCAAGAAGACCUAGAAACACAUAAAGGCUAUAUCCAAGAAGACCUAGAACACAUAAAGGCUGCAGAAGAGCAUAAUGAGAACCUUUUGAAAAGACAAACCUGCCAAGAUAUCCAAGAAGACCUAGAACACAUAAAGGCUGCAGAAGAGCAUAAUGAGAACCUUUUGAAAAGACAAACCUGCCAAGAUAUCCAAGAAGACCUAGAACACAUAAAGGCUGCAGAAGAGCAUAAUGAGAACCUUUUGAAAAGACAAACCUGCCAAGAUAUCCAAGAAGACCUAGAACACAUAAAGGCUGCAGAAGAGCAUAAUGAGAACCUUUUGAAAAGACAAACCUGCCAAGAUAUCCAAGAAGACCUAGAACACAUAAAGGCUGCAGAAGAGCAUAAUGAGAACCUUUUGAAAAGACAAACCUGCCAAGAUAUCCAAGAAGACCUAGAACACAUAAAGGCUGCAGAAGAGCAUAAUGAGAACCUUUUGAAAAGACAAACCUGCCAAGAUAUCCAAGAAGACCUAGAACACAUAAAGGCUGCAGAAGAGCAUAAUGAGAACCUUUUGAAAAAGAAAACCUGCCAAGAUAUCCAAGAAGACCUAGAACACAUAAAGGCUGCAGAAGAGCAUAAUGAGAACCUUUUGAAAAGACAAACCUGCCAAGAUAUCCAAGAAGACCUAGAACACAUAAAGGCUGCAGAAGAGCAUAAUGAGAACCUUUUGAAAAGACAAACCUGCCAAGAUAUCCAAGAAGACCUAGAACACAUAAAGGCUGCAGAAGAGCAUAAUGAGAACCUUUUGAAAAGACAAACCUGCCAAGAUAUCCAAGAAGACCUAGAACACAUAAAGGCUGCAGAAGAGCAUAAUGAGAACCUUUUGAAAAGACAAACCUGCCAAGAUAUCCAAGAAGACCUAGAACACAUAAAGGCUGCAGAAGAGCAUAAUGAGAACCUUUUGAAAAGACAAACCUGCCAAGAUAUCCAAGAAGACCUAGAACACAUAAAGGCUGCAGAAGAGCAUAAUGAGAACCUUUUGAAAAGACAAACCUGCCAAGAUAUCCAAGAAGACCUAGAACACAUAAAGGCUGCAGAAGAACUAGAACACAUAAAGGCUGCAGAAGAGCAUAAUGAGAACCUUUUGAAAAGACAAACCUGCCAAGAUAUCCAAGAAGACCUAGAACACAUAAAGGCUGCAGAAGAGCAUAAUGAGAACCUUUUGAAAAGACAAACCUGCCAAGAUAUCCAAGAAGACCUAGAACACAUAAAGGCUGCAGAAGAGCAUAAUGAGAACCUUUUGAAAAGACAAACCUGCCAAGAUAUCCAAGAAGACCUAGAACACAUAAAGGCUGCAGAAGAGCAUAAUGAGAACCUUUUGAAAAGACAAACCUGCCAAGAUAUCCAAGAAGACCUAGAACACAUAAAGGCUGCAGAAGAGCAUAAUGAGAACCUUUUGAAAAGACAAACCUGCCAAGAUAUCCAAGAAGACCUAGAACACAUAAAGGCUGCAGAAGAGCAUAAUGAGAACCUUUUGAAAAGACAAACCUGCCAAGAUAUCCAAGAAGACCUAGAACACAUAAAGGCUGCAGAAGAGCAUAAUGAGAACCUUUUGAAAAGACAAACCUGCCAAGAUAUCCAAGAAGACCUAGAACACAUAAAGACAAACCUGCCAAGAUAUCCAAGAAGACCUAGACACAUAAAGGCUGCACAAGAGCAUAAUGAGAACCUUUUGAAAAGACAAACCUGCCAAGAUAUCCAAGAAGACCUAGAACACAUAAAGGCUGCAGAAGAGCAUAAUGAGAACCUUUUGAAAAGACAAACCUGCCAAGAUAUCCAAGAAGACCUAGAACACAUAAAGGCUGCAGAAGAGCAUAAUGAGAACCUUUUGAAAAGACAAACCUGCCAAGAUAUCCAAGAAGACCUAGAACACAUAAAGGCUGCAGAAGAGCAUAAUGAGAACCUUUUGAAAAGACAAACCUGCCAAGAUAUCCAAGAAGACCUAGAACACAUAAAGGCUGCAGAAGAGCAUAAUGAGAACCUUUUGAAAAGACAAACCUGCCAAGAUAUCCAAGAAGACCUAGAACACAUAAAGGCUGCAGAAGAGCAUAAUGAGAACCUUUUGAAAAGACAAACCUGCCAAGAUAUCCAAGAAGACCUAGAACACAUAAAGGCUGCAGAAGAGCAUAAUGAGAACCUUUUGAAAAGACAAACCUGCCAAGAUAUCCAAGAAGACCUAGAACACAUAAAGGCUGCAGAAGAGCAUAAUGAGAACCUUUUGAAAAGACAAACCUGCCAAGAUAUCCAAGAAGACCUAGAACACAUAAAGGCUGCAGAAGAGCAUAAUGAGAACCUUUUGAAAAGACAAACCUGCCAAGAUAUCCAAGAAGACCUAGAACACAUAAAGGCUGCAGAAGAGCAUAAUGAGAACCUUUUGAAAAGACAAACCUGCCAAGAUAUCCAAGAAGACCUAGAACACAUAAAGGCUGCAGAAGAGCAUAAUGAGAACCUUUUGAAAAGACAAACCUGCCAAGAUAUCCAAGAAGACCUAGAACACAUAAAGGCUGCAGAAGAGCAUAAUGAGAACCUUUUGAAAAGACAAACCUGCCAAGAUAUCCAAGAAGACCUAGAACACAUAAAGGCUGCAGAAGAGCAUAAUGAGAACCUUUUGAAAAGACAAACCUGCCAAGAUAUCCAAGAAGACCUAGAACACAUAAAGGCUGCAGAAGAGCAUAAUGAGAACCUUUUGAAAAGACAAACCUGCCAAGAUAUCCAAGAAGACCUAGAACACAUAAAGGCUGCAGAAGAGCAUAAUGAGAACCUUUUGAAAAGACAAACCUGCCAAGAUAUCCAAGAAGACCUAGAACACAUAAAGGCUGCAGAAGAGCAUAAUGAGAACCUUUUGAAAAGACAAACCUGCCAAGAUAUCCAAGAAGACCUAGAACACAUAAAGGCUGCAGAAGAGCAUAAUGAGAACCUUUUGAAAAGACAAACCUGCCAAGAUAUCCAAGAAGACCUAGAACACAUAAAGGCUGCAGAAGAGCAUAAUGAGAACCUUUUGAAAAGACAAACCUGCCAAGAUAUCCAAGAAGACCUAGAACACAUAAAGGCUGCAGAAGAGCAUAAUGAGAACCUUUUGAAAAGACAAACCUGCCAAGAUAUCCAAGAAGACCUAGAACACAUAAAGGCUGCAGAAGAGCAUAAUGAGAACCUUUUGAAAAGACAAACCUGCCAAGAUAUCCAAGAAGACCUAGAACACAUAAAGGCUGCAGAAGAGCAUAAUGAGAACCUUUUGAAAAGACAAACCUGCCAAGAUAUCCAAGAAGACCUAGAACACAUAAAGGCUGCAGAAGAGCAUAAUGAGAACCUUUUGAAAAGACAAACCUGCCAAGAUAUCCAAGAAGACCUAGAACACAUAAAGGCUGCAGAAGAGCAUAAUGAGAACCUUUUGAAAAGACAAACCUGCCAAGAUAUCCAAGAAGACCUAGAACACAUAAAGGCUGCAGAAGAGCAUAAUGAGAACCUUUUGAAAAGACAAACCUGCCAAGAUAUCCAAGAAGACCUAGAACACAUAAAGGCUGCAGAAGAGCAUAAUGAGAACCUUUUGAAAAGACAAACCUGCCAAGAUAUCCAAGAAGACCUAGAACACAUAAAGGCUGCAGAAGAGCAUAAUGAGAACCUUUUGAAAAGACAAACCUGCCAAGAUAUCCAAGAAGACCUAGAACACAUAAAGGCUGCAGAAGAGCAUAAUGAGAACCUUUUGAAAAGACAAACCUGCCAAGAUAUCCAAGAAGUAAUCGAACCAUCAUAUAUACGAACAGCGAAAUGA